AGAGGGAGCCGGCAGCAAACAAGCCAGCAAGCUAGUGAACAGCUGAGCAGAGCGACCAGGUCCGGACACACGCCACACCACGCACCACAGAGGAGAGAGGCCAGCCAAGGAAGGAGACGGAAGGUCCAGGCGAGUCAAGACCCAGGAGCAAAGAGGAACACACCAGUAGCAGGAACCAGGGGCCAGGAGGGAACGAUGACAGCCAGCAGCCAGGUCGUUCUUGGGGACACUGAAAAGAUAUUAAUUAUGGAUGAAGCAGUUGAAGUUACAACGGAAGGUAACUCUCUUAUUAAGGCAGUAUACCAAAGUAGACUACGUCUAACACGACUCCUUUUGGAAGGUGGAGCUUAUAUCAACGAAAGCAAUGAUCGUGGAGAGACACCACUCAUGAUUGCUUGUAAAACAAAACAUGUUGACCACCAAAGUGUUAGCAAAGUUAAAAUGAUUAAAUACCUUCUGGAAAACAACGCAGAUCCCAAUAUUCAAGAUAAAUUUGGAAAAACAGCUUUAAUGCAUGCUUGCUUGGAGAAUGCUGGAUCAGAGGUGGUAUCUAUGCUUUUAGAGAGUGGCGCUGAUCCCAGUCUACAGGACCACACUGGAUUUUCUGCCCUUGUUUAUGCAGUCAACUCAGAAGAUAAGGAAACGCUCAAGAUUUUGCUAAAUGCUUGCAAGGCCAAGGGAAAAGAAGUUAUAAUCAUUACAACAGAUAAGUCUCCAUCAGGAAGACAGACUACGAGGCAGUAUCUAAAUGUCCCACCGUCUCCAGGCAUUGAUCACUGUUCUCCUACACCAUGUACAUCACCUUCUGAAAUUGAGCUAAAUACUUCCCCAACACCAAUAUCAAAUGCUUUUGAAGCAGAAAAGGAACUGUUUAACUUUAAAGAGCCUGAUUCAUGUAUUGAUUUAAAAGGUUCCUCUGAGCCAGGAUCGCCAAUAAAAAAGCCUCAUAUGAUGCAUUAUGGGGCAAAGUUGCCACUCCUUCAAAGAUUGCACUCUGAGCCCUGGUUGAAGAUUCCUCCAUCGCUGCUCCACCAACACAAAGUGUCUUCUCUUCAAGAGGAGCUGCAAGAUAUAACUCCUGAAGAAGAGCUCUCCCUUAAAAUGAAUGGCUUAGUAUAUUCAAAGCGUUUUUUCACUCGACAUCAGAGCAUUGAUGUGAAAGAUACUGCUCAUCUUCUAAAAACACUUGACUCAUCUGGUCCAAGAAAACUGUCAUAUGAUGAAAUAAAUUCCCAAACACUUUACCCUGAAGGAACACCAAGCAAGACAGAAAUCCCUGUUGACCAAGACUCUGAUUCAGUGCACACAAUUUCAGUUUCAAGCCUAAGGAGCAUAGUUCAAAGAAGAAAUUUAGGUGCAAACCAUUACAGUUCUGACUCCCAGCUGACAAGAAAUCAUGGUCCGACUAUAACAGAGGACAGUAAAUCUCUUUUGGAAAAAAAGAAGAUGUUUUCUCCCCCAUCCUUGCUGUCAGGCUCCCGAGAGUCUCUAGAAAAUGUAUCUGUCACAGCAUUGAGUAGAAGGAACCAUGCUCUUCUAGAAAGGCGUGGAUCUGGGGCUUUACUUUUAGAUCACAUAAGCCAAACUAGACAGGGCUUCCUUCCACCAUUGAAUGUGAAUCCCCAUCCACCUAUUCCAGACAUCAGCUGCCAUAGUAAAUUAUCCAGUGUUGUUUUCCCAGGCUCAAAGCCCCUUGUCCCCUCUGCUCCGCUCUUUCCAAAAGAGUCAAAAAGCAAGAAAAUGCUUCUCCGAAGGCAUUCAAUGCACACAGAACAGAUCAAACAACUUGUAAACUUUGAAGAGAUACUUGGCUAAAGAAAUCCUUCAAAUACAAGUACUGGAACUAUCUCACCAGCUUUCUCCAGACAGCACCUGCUGCACAAAAUGCUUCAGUCCUCUUCUGCAAAGAAAACAGAUCUGUUUAGCUUAUGCUGGAUAAAUUAUUCAAGCAGUAAAAUACUUGGUAGUUAGCAGUAAUCACAGUUUUCUCUACAAUAUAAAUGAAUUGCUGCCCUACAUUUGCAGCCUUUUUUUAAUAAGCAUAGCAGGCUGUAAAGAACGAAGACGUAUGGAGAAGUAAUAGAUUCGAGACUGAGCAAGAACAUAAGAAACCAGUGGAUGGCGCUUUGGAAACUCGACAGUUCAGGUUUAUGAUUGAGGAGACCAUUUGUGAUUUUUCUUGGACAUGCAGAACUUAGAUUUCUUGUGUUUAUUAAAGGGGCUAUGAGCAGCCUCAGGAACCUUGUAGAAAUGUUGCUGACCAUUCCUGGGAAGUAGGAAUAUUUGAAAACCAAGGUGUAGAAUGUAUGCUGUUAAAUAACAUGGUCUGUGUUAAUGUUCUUCAAAGUUGGAAAUGCUGAUACGGCUCUUAUAUUGGUACAAAGUGUGUUUCGGAUGGGUUUUAUGUUAUUUGAUGUUUACUGUCAUUGGAUCGAAGAUCAUACUGCUUUCUGGGAAAGGCAGAUAUUUUCUUUUCCUUUUGCAUGUGGAUACAAUGCUAGAAUAUAAUGUCCUCUGUCAGCAACACAAGGGCUAAUAUAUAGUAGUCAAGGUAAGGUCAACAAUGUGAAUGUUGGCGAUCAAGUUUGUCACCAGUAAUUGUACAAAAAGCUAGAAACGACAGCGCUGUGAACUUAAAAGACCAGUCCUAAUACACUGCGAGCAUAAUUGGUGACUCUGUGUGUUACCAGGUUACAUGCGCAGCAAUUUAUUUAAACCAAAGACAGUUAAAGGUUGUGAAUACCAAAUAUAUCAUCAAUAUAUCAGCACCAGUGUGUUGAAAAGAUAAUUUAUUUGUCACAGGCUCUGUUCACUAGAAUUAUUUCCAUAAGUUAUUUUGUAAAUUCAUUAUAUUUUUCAUCUUUGACUAAUUCUGACUUGUAGCCUGGUCCCGAGCUGCAUUCAUGAAUCCAUAGGCUGCAAGAGCUGAAAGCUUCUAGCAUUUGUUGCUGAAUCAACGUCUGCUCAGAAUUUGCUGUAGUGAUUUGCAUGCUGGGAAAUAUAAUUUUUACAGCCAGGAUGUUGCAAAGAAUAACUGUCCUUCUAUAUGAUAAGCCAUUAGAAAUGUAUCUGUAUGUACCACUGUGGGCAGCUCAAACCUAAGCAUUGGGCAAUGCAAUUUAUUCACAAAGUUAAUUAACUUUUUAUGUAAAUUAGAUGUGUAUAUAUAUAUAUAUAUAUAUUGUAAUAUUUUAAGUAAGAUUUUAUUGUGAGACUAGAAGAAGUGUCUAUGAGGCCUCAUGCACACAAUCGUACUUUUCAUGCGUGUGGCGGAUAGUACUGUGACCCUUUCAUUUCUAUGAAGCCAUGCACACAUCUAUACUUUUUGCAGAUCUGUGUGACUGUUCAGCAAAGUAUAGAACAGGUCUUAUUCUGGUCCAUAUUGCGGACUAGUCCUUUCUAUUGAUGGGAGUGAGAAAAAUGCCGGAUGCACACAGAAGGUAUCUGUAUUUUGCAGAUGGAAAUACAGUCACGAUCUUGUGCAUGAGACCUUAAAGAAAUGUUAUUUAUCAGCUGUAGUUCUUUUAAGUUAAGGCUCUAUUGUGAAAUCAGAGAUGCAAUGGUCUUUCUUGGCUGUUUCUUUUGUUAAAUGAAGUAGAUCAGAGGCAGUUACUCAAGUAAAUUGCUUGUAUAAUGUCAUCCAGAAUUAGGUCAACUUUUGUACAACAAUAAUUGACCUUCACAAUCACAUAAUCCCAUCAUUUCUUUAUUUACGGUAUAUUGUGUAAAUUACAAAGUAACAAGCACUGUGCAAUGAAGAAGUUCCUUUGAAUCCCUUUGUCACGCCCCACCUCCUCAUUACCUACUCUACACUAGGCAGACCAUGGUAGAUUCACUUUCCCUGGAGUGUAUCUCUAAAGAUUCAAUGUUCAUUUUUCUUUCUUUUUUUCUUCGAAAAAUUUGGGAUCUCUCGAUGCCGUUAAUCCAUCCACUUUGUCGUUUACCAUUACUUCACCUCAUAUUCUCAAAUCCCCCAACUGUAAAAUGCCUUAGGUGAUGCCAUUGCACGCAAGUUCAAUCAGUUUUGCCUGCGGAUGCGUUUUGUGUUUUUGUUUUUUUCUGCACAGAUUCAAUCAGUUUUUGAUGCAUUUUUCAUAGGUGUGAAAAAAAAAAAAACCUGAAGAAUAACACUCAACAUCUCCUACCAACCAUCAGUGAAAAAUGCAUUGCAUCCGGAUGCCUUCCGUUUUUUCACACACGCCUCAUUCAUUUCUAUGGGGCCAGGGCUGCUUGAAAAAUGCACAAUGUAGAAUAUGCAGCGUUUUUCAUGCAACGCAGAACUAGAAAUAAAUGGGUCAGGAUUUAGUGCGGGUGCUAUGCGUUCACGUGACGCAGUGCAGAAAACACGCUCGUGGGAAAGUGGCCUAUUUCCCUAACGCAGAGAUGAUCAGUGACAAACAAUGCUCAUGUACACAGGCCCAUUGGAAUUAAUGGGUUAGGAUUCAGUCCAGAAGCGCUGUCAGUUCAAGAUUAAAACACACCGGGGAUAGGGGGGGGGGUUAAUAAAUUAUGGGGUACUCUAUAUUUGCUCCAUAAUUGGCGAAUUUCUCUGCGACCCACAGGAUUUGUUAUGAAGUUAUAGCUCAAGUCUCCAUUAGCCCAUAGCUGGCACGGAUUUGAGUUUCUGGUCCACGCAGCGCUAGAGGAAUCUGCCUCUUAAUAAUUGAAGUGCAUCUCACUAUUGCCAAGAUUGGCAUAUCGCAACGCAAGUCUUGAUAAAUCUCUUGCACAGUUUUAUUUUACUAUGUUAGUAUAAUAAAUCUUGUGUGUUCUCAACCUUGAACUGAUGGUGUUUCACUAUAGGUCUUGUGUCACUGCUUUCCUCUAAAGGGAUUUCACUCUCAUGGGACUUGAGGAUAUCAUCUGGAGGUGAAGUAACCACUAGCAAUGUAGUGGAUGGAUUAACGGCAUCGAGAGAUCCCAUAUUUUCGGAAGAGAGAUCCAGGAUUUGCUCAUUACUUGGUCUGAUUGUUCUUUUUGGAAUUAUUUUCGUGACUUUAUGAGCAGCGCAAGUUUAUUAUUUUAUUGUCUGGUGGAAGAUCUCCUCCUCUCUUGCUGCGCUCAGCUGAACACUGACUUUUCCAAGGACUUUUUUCAACUUUUUAUUAUUUGAAAAAUGUAUUGAUUUGAAGGAAAUGAAGAUGCAAUGUUAUCAAUUCUGUUGAUGCAGAAAAACUUUGAUCUGCUGUCUACGAAGUUAGUACUAGUUGGCUGCAGAGAGCGACUGUUUUGUAUUUCUAAUAAUAAAAUGCAUAUUAAUUUAUUUAUUUAUUGCUCUAUGGCAUCUACAGUAUGUAUAUAUAGUAUUUAUGGCUCUAUUUUGCUGUAAUAUGUAUUGAUCGAUGAUACAUAUUUGUAUUAUUAUCAUUGAGAUUCUGAUUAUAAUUGAGAUCUGACAUAUCAGUUUUCAUGUCAUUAGUAUUACAGAUGGUCAUUAGGCUUACCACUUUAGAGCUUAGCCAUGCACAGUUCCUGUAUAGUUCUCUAUGUAAAGCAUAUUAGUGCUUAGACUUAGUGCAAUUCCUUAGCUGUGUAGGCUUUAUGGAGUAUGUGUUUUAUGAGCACAAUUAAUAUAACAAACCAGAUUGCUGCUGUGUAUAGUUAUCGAUGGAACGCACCUUCUCCUGUUUGGUCGUCUGAUAAUCAGCAUAUUCGGCCGAACAAAACCUUUCACACCUACUAAUGUGAUAUUGUUCUUUUACAACGUGCUCCACACUGGAUGCUGUCAAACAUACUGUAAGUGGUUCAGAUUUUUAUUGAACCAAGUAGCACAAAUUCCAAAGUGAUUAGUCUAUAAGUGGUUACAAGCCUAUAGAUGGAUAUCACAGUAUUAUACUAGUGCACGCAUUUGUAUUUAUGGGUAGCAAACAGAAUGCACUUAAAAGCUUUAGAAAUGACAGCAUUCUAUUAAAGUCAAAUUGAUCUGUAUUAGUUUGUAUUAAUUUAAAAGAUGAAGGUACAAGAUAUUUUGUUAAAAGGAAAUUUAUGUAUUGUAAUAAUUAUUUAUUAAUUAAAGGGGGUCCUCCGUGAAUAAUGAUUUUUUAGCAAGUGCUGGCAGACUGCCUUUCUAAACAGAAGAUUCCUACUUACCUGCUCCCCGCUGCUCCGGUCCUAUGCACUGCCCAGGCUGUGUCCAUAUUCCUAUCCCUGCAGUGUUGAUGUAUGGUGCAGCAUGGACAUGGUCACAUGAUGUGAUGCAGCCAAUGACUGGCUUCAGCGGUGACGUGCUACUGGUGGCCAUAUGUGCUGUAUGUCAGCACUGCAUGAAUCGCAACGUGGACACAGCGGAGGCAGGAUGGAGGACCAGAGCGGCAGGGAGGUAUAAAUCUUCUGGUUAGAGAGGCAGGCUGCGGGCACAUGCUAAAACUCAUUAUUUGCAGAGAACCCCUUUAAGCAUUUUAAGGAAACGAAGCUGAACUCAGUAAAUUCUUGCUGGUGUAGUAUGUUCAGCUAAAGGAACACUCCGGAAAAACGGAUACACUGUGUUACACCUAGGGCAGGGCCUGAGGGAGCCAAUGCGCAGAGAUUCGCUCUUUGAUGUUCAUUAAAGGGGUUAUGCCAUGACUGAUUAAAAAAUGAAAAUCAGACAUCAUAUAGUACAUGACAAUACCUUUCUAAGAAAGCUAGAACCACCUCUGUACCUCACAUGGAUCCAGAGAUCUCCUCAUUCAUUGCUCCAAUUGCUCUGCUACAUUCUCUUCAGUCUGUCAGCUCAAGGGGAGGGGGGGGGCAUGUCCUUUCUUCUACAGCUCACUCGAUGCAAGGCAAACCGCGGAUCCACAAAAAACGGAAGCUGCCUGUGUUGCCUUCCGCAAUUUGCGGAACAGAACGGGCGCCGGCAAUAUAAAUGCCUAUUCUUGUCCACAAAGCACGGACAAGAAUAGGAC